AGCUCAUCAAGUCAAAACCGGCUAAAGAAACAACACGAAAGCAUACUCCAAUCGCAUGCCAUCGCCUGCUGGUGAUGAGUACAAGAUCAUGCCUUGCAGGCUAUUUAGUAUCUCGGUGAACAUGCAGUGUCAGAUAAAGUUUGAGAUGAUUACUUAGCAUAUUGCUUAACUUUUUUAUUGUUAAUGGAGUAAGCUACAACUAAGAUUUGGUUGCUAAGUUCCCUCCAAAAGGGUAUGACAAACAAGAGACGGCAUGAGCAAAAUAAACAUCGAAAUCAUCUAUAUUUGUAUAUAUCCAUGUAAAGUACAUAUUAAAAUCAUAAAUGAAUCUCGUAUGAAUUUCAAAAAAGUUUAAAAAAUAUAUAUAAAUAAUAUAAUUAGCCCUCUAAUCUCUAUAUAACUAGCAAGUUCAAAAUUUUCAAGCCAAAAAACCUCAAACUCCAAAAGUAUUAGCACAAAUGGCUACAACUAAUAUAACUGGGUCGCUCUAUUACCUUCCCUUUUUCAUCUUUGCAUUCAUAAUCCACUCAUUGUUUAGGAACUUACUGAAACCUGGUGGCAACCAGACCAAACUCCCACCUAUGCCACCGGCUCUACCCUUCAUCGGUCACCUCCAUUUGUUAGGCUCGGUCCUGCCCAAGUCAUUCCAGACCCUGGCUCGGCGCUAUGGCCCGCUCAUGCGGCUCCGCCUUGGCGCAUCCUCAUGCGUGAUUGUAUCAAAUACCGCCGUCGCAAAAGAAAUCUUUAAGACCCACGACCUGAGUUUCGCUUCCAGGCCCGAGUUUGGUUCUUCAGAGUACUUCAAGUAUCGUGGGUCCAGGUUUUUGCUAGCUCCAUACGGUGAUUACUGGCGGUUCAUGAAGAAGCUAUGCAUGGCACGCCUCCUAGGCGUACCUCAACUAGAGAAGUUCACUGAAGUCCGCGAGCAAGAGAAGGAGAAGCUCGUGGAGUCUCUGAUGAGGAUUUGUAGAGAAGGGAAGAUGUGUGACUUGGGCAGUGAGCUAAUAAAGCUGACGAACAACACUAUUUGCAGAAUGGCGAUGAGCACCCGGGUGUCGGAGAGCAACAGUGAAGCUAAGGAGGUGAAGGAGUUGGUCAAAACUUGCUUGGCUCUUGGUGCGAAGCUAAGCGUAGGGGAUGUUUUGGGUCCGUUGAAGAUAUUGGAUUUCUCUGGAACAGGGAAGAAGCUUGCGGAAGCCAUUGAUAAGUAUGAUCAGCUGAUGGAGAAGAUAAUUAGGGAACAUGAAGAGAAAGCCUCGAAGGGUUUUGAUGAAUAUCAAAGAAAAGAUAUACUAGACAUCUUGUUGGAGAUUUACAGAGAUCCUACUGCAGAAAUUAAGUUGUCUAAAAACGAUAUCAAGUCCUUCAUGCUUGACAUAUUUCUGGCGGGAACAGACUCAUCAGUAUCAGCCAUGGAAUGGGCAAUGGCGGAGCUCAUUAAUCAUCCACAGGUCUUCAACAAACUCAGAGAGGAGAUAAAUUCCGUGGUGGGUUCCAACAGGCUAGUCAAAGAAUCAGACAUCCCGAAUCUUCCUUACCUCCAAGCAGUGAUCAGAGAAACCUUGAGGCUCCACCCACCAGGUCCGUUGAUCAUCAGAGAAUGCACAGAGGAUAGCGAGGUAAAAGGGUUCAUGGUGAAGGCAAAGACCAGAGUGCUGAUCAACGUGUACGCGAUCAUGAAAGACCCGGAGGAAUGGAGUGAGCCGGAGGAGUUCGUGCCGGAGAGGUUCUUGGAAAAUCCGGAGGAGAGAAUUGGAGAGCAUCAGAUGGAAUUUAAAGGUCAGAACUUUCGGUAUAUACCGUUUGGGAGUGGCCGGAGAGGGUGCCCGGGGGCGUCGCUGGCGAUGCUGGUGAUGCACACGACGGUGGGUUCGCUGGUCCAGUGCUUUGACUGGAAAUUAGAGGAGGGAGACAAGGUUGACAUGAGCGAGGGUUCGGGUUUUUCUGCAGAAAUGGCUCGACCCCUUCUGGUGUACCCUGUUCAACAUCUUAACCCUUUUUCUUGAGACCACCACAAUAUAUUCAUACAUACAUAUAUACAUAUAUGUAUGCAUGGCCAUGAAAAUCUAGAGAAAGUAGUGACAGUUAAGUUAAACAUGAAAAAUCUAAGAAUGGUGCUUGGGGAAGUUUAGAUUUUUAGUUUGUUUCGAUUCUUAAUUAAGAAAAUUUCUUUGUUUUACUUUGUUUGCAUAUAUAUAUAUAUAUAUACA